ACUGUCUUUUGAAGUCCUUUGGAACCGACAUCACAUCUUCGCACUGUGAUGCUUCAAUAAUGUGAUAUUUUUCUCCCACCCCUAUUGGUUUCUUUUAACAUGUGGGUUAAUUUCUAUUAUACAAGAACUUUCUACAAAAUUAGUGAUUAUUGCGGUUUGAAUCAGAAUGACUCCAUGGGCCCUUCUUUUGGUAUGUUUGAUGUUUGUUACCUGGUGCCUUUGUUUUAGGAAACUGUGGAAUGAGCCUUUUGUAAAUGGGAGCUGCAUGAUUCCCUUACCAUUCCCUGCUUUGGGUGAUUAAAUGUUGCCUAACGUUUUAUUCUGUUUUCAACUUCUUGUCACUGCUCCCUGCAAAAUGGCAUCAGAAAAAAUGAAUUUCUUUAUCUUUCUUGUGCUUUUUUUUCAGAAUUCUAAUAAUGUAUAUUUUGCUGGUAUUAAUGGGUUAAAGAAAAAACACUAACUGCUGUCAAUGUUUACUGUUGAUGCAAACUUAUUAGAUAAGCUCUCAUAAAUUCAACUUCUCAAAGAAGUGCAAUUGCAUAACUAGUUUCUCCAGUGGCCUAAUCAGCUUUAUCUUAAAACUGAAUGUCCAGUCUGUGUUGCUAAAAUAGUCGUAUUAUGUGAAAGAGAUUGCCUUGUACCUUUGUCUUAGUAUUUAGCAGUAUAUAUAUGGGACUGUAUUAAAUGAUCACCAAACAGAAGUUGGAAAAAGAUUUAUCAUGGAGUACAAAAUUCUGUUGCCUGGACUAUGCUGUAUUCUCUUUGCUUAUUAUGUUUAUACACCCAUCCCAGAAAACGUUGAAGAGUACUGGAAAGUGGCAAUCUUGGAUGCUGCUAUGAAAACAUCUUCACUUACGGCCACAUUAUUUGAAAAUGUAGGUCUUAUAAAAUAUAGAGAUUUUUUUUCCUUAUUGGUAAACACAUUACUUACAAAAGCAGUUUCAGAUGAAAACAUUACAGUGAUUGACACAGACAUUAGUGACAUUCCUGUUCGUCUGUACUUGCCCAAGAAAAAGUCUGAAAGAAGGAGGCCAGCUGUGAUUUAUAUUCAUGGAGGUGCCUUUGUGGUUGGAAGUACGAAAUUGAUGCCCUAUGAUUUCUUGAACAGAUGGACAGCAAACAAGCUUGAUGCUGUGGUUUUGGGAAUAGACUACAGACUUGCUCCUCAGCAUCAAUUCCCUGCUGCCAUCGAUGACUGUGUUUCGGUGGUCAAGAUCUUUCUCCAGGAUAAAAUUCUUGCAAAAUAUGGAGUGGAUCCCACUCGCAUCUGUAUUUCAGGAGACAGCUCUGGGGGUACAUUGGUGGCAAUACUGACUCAAAUGCUACAGGAUGAUCCAGAAUUCAAGGAUAAAAUUAAAGCACAAGCCUUGAUAUACCCUGGCCUGCAAUUCAUUGAUACCCUCACACCAUCUUAUCGAGAGUAUGAACAUGGCCCUUUCCUCUCAAAGGAGGUGGCAAUCAAUUUGGCAUCCCUGUAUCUGACUAAAGACAAAGAGCUGCGACGGGCAGCACUGAGAAAUGAGCACAUGCCUCAAGACUCAAGACAUCUGUUCAAGUUUGUUAACUGGAGUGUCUUCCUCCCUGAGAAGUACAAAAAGAACCAUGUUUACACUGAACCGAUUCUUGGAAAACUGAAUUCUUCCUAUCCAAAAUUUCCGCAUAAUAGGAUAUCACCUUUGCUAGCUAGUGACUCCCAGUUACAGAAUUUGCCAUUAACCUAUGUCCUCACUUGUGAACAUGAUAUCCUAAGAGAUGAUGGACUUAUUUAUGUCAAACGGCUUAGAAAUGCUGGGGUUCCAGUCACUCAUGACCACAUAGAGGAAGGAAUUCACGGAGCCCUGUCAUUCACCACAGCACCAUUGUUUUUAAAUCUCGGACUCAGAAUAAGAGAUAAGUAUAUUAGUUGGUUAGAGAAAAAUCUGUAA